CUAUUUUGUACUUAAAGAUAAUACUUUGUGCUUAAAUUUUAAAUUUUAGAUAUAUUUUCUCAUUAUUAUUUUUGUGUAAGUAUUUUUUUUGUAUGUGGUGAAAGACGUAUAAACAUUAUAAGCGUAUUAAUUAUUUUCUAAAUGUUGUAAUAUUAGUUUUAAAGUAUUUAAAAAAUCACAUAAUUUUGAAAAAAUUAAAGUAUUCCCGGGCCGGGCGGCCCGGUGGACUACCCGGCCCACUCUUAUGGGCAGGUAUGGACAUAGGGUUAGGCCCGUUUUUGCGGGCCGAGCCGGGCCUGCCCACACAUGAUGGGCAGAAAAAUUAUAAAAUGCCUGGCCCGAGCCCGGCUCGAACCCGUUUUUGUACAGGUCUACACUAACCGGCCACUUCAUUCUUAUCUUUUCCAAAUAUAGCAAGAAUUCCAAAACUUAUCCAAUGACUUGGACUAAACUUCCUUUAAUACCCUUGAAAUAUGUGACAAUUUAUAAUACCUAAUUAAUUCCUAUCCUAACACUUACUCCGUAUAUAAAACCUUUGGGAUGGAAAUGUCCACCCUUCAGGCCAUUAUCAUAGCCAGCACACACAAUUGGCACAAAGUCAUCUUUCUUAACCCAAAAAAAAAUAGAACCAUAAAAGGUUAAAAAAAAGCAAUGUAAGGAGAGGCCGGCAUAAAAAAUGUGGUACUCGAAUAAUCCAGUUGGAGAACGAGAAGAAGAAAAUGUUGGAGUUGUAAUAGGGACUAGGGAGACAGAAAAAAAGGAAAUUUGUGAAGGAAAAUUAGGAACGGAACUUGUCCGGCACCAUCAUGGCAGCACCAUAAACGUGUCACGCUAUCACACAAAUUACACAAAAUUAUGUUGACCAGUACUAGUCAAUGUAAUCUAUACUCCCUCCUAUUCUUAAUUAAAUUUAUUAAGUUUACACUUUGACUUCAUAUAUAUUAACAAAAUAAAUUUACUGAGAGGUAAAUUUUAGUGUAGAGUACACUGUUUUGAUAUUGUUUUGUACUGUUUCGUGUAGAUUUGUUUGCCAAACAAAACAAAUAAGGAAGUGUAAUGUUUAAUAUGGGACAACCCAAAAAGAAAAUGUAAAAUUAAUUAAGAACCGAAGGGAGUAUAUUGUCACGGACUUGUUCCCUCAACAAGCUCACGUGCGGCCUUAGCUCCUUUCUGCCCCUCGUAGUAGCUAAGUCAGCCUGGACAACUCCUUAGUGUUGUGUGUUUUUAAGUGCUUGGCUAGAAGGGAAUGUGUUAAAGGCAAGAACACUUGAAGAAAGCUUGAGACUUUAUUGAAUGCUUGGAAACUUCGAUGUGUACAAAUGAGCCACCUUGAGGGGUAUUUAUACUUGCCCUCCUCCUCAAUGGAUGGUUGAGAUCUAUUUGAUCUAACGGCUAUGGUUUAAUUCUAGAAUAUUCUAUACAACUCUAUCAUAUUCUAGAAUAUUCUACUAUACUCUAUACAAGUGUAUAUGUAUCUACACGAGUCUAGAAUAUUCUCUUAGCCUCCAGGAUUCUGCCCCUUCCUCUUGGGAUGUUCUAGACUCUUCCUUGUCACCUGGCCACGGUUAUGCCGUGGCGUAUUCCAUGUCAUGCCGCGGCGUAUUGGCCUGUCAUGCCGCGGCAUCGGGAGAUUCGUGACAUUCUCCCCCACCUAACUUGGCGACGUCCUCGUCGCCUUGUGCGCCUCGAGCUUGUCCCGGAACUGCCACAAGUCUUCUUCAGGUUCCCACGUUGCUUCCGACUCGGGUAGUCCCUUCCAUUUGAUCAAGUAGUGAUUUUGGCGUGGAACGCCCCUCUUCCUAACCUCCUUUGUUGCGAGCACGUCUUCAAUCUCUUUGUCGUAAGACUUAGUGACUACAGGCGGUGCUCGGCUUGAUAACCCCCGGCUUGGGUCUUCCUCAUCCCCAUGAUAAGGCUUCAACAUACUCACGUGGAAGACCGGGUGAAUCUUCAAUGUGCUGGGUAGGUCGAGCUUAUACGAAACUUUUCCUACCUUAGCAAUAAUCGGGAAUGGCCCCUCAUAUCUACGGACUAGGCCUUUGUGUAAGGUUCUCAAUACCUUGAAUUGUUGUGGUAAGAGCUUCACAAAGACUAAGUCCCCCACGGUGUACUCCUUUGGCCGCCUCUUCUCGUCCGCCCACUUCUUCAUCCGCUUGCGUGCUUUCUCCAAACACGAACGAGCUAGAUCGGCUUGUUCCUCCCAAGACUUCGCCAUCUUAAAUGCUCCCGGGCUCUUCCCAUCUUGGAGUGGCGUGGCCAAAGUGUGUGGAGUUAGUGGUUGUUGCCCCGUGGCAAGCUCAAAUGGACUUCGUCCCGUAGACUCACUCCGCUGCAAGUUGUAUGAGAAUUGGGCUAUGUCCAAGAGUCUUGCCCAAUCUCGCUGGUUGGCACUUACAAAGUGCCGAAGGUAACACUCUAGCAAGGCGUUCACCCGUUCGGUUUGCCCAUCGGUUUGAGGGUGAAAGCUUGUAGAGAAGUUGAGUUGUGUCCCCAGCAACUUAAACAACUCAGUCCAUAGUCGGCCCGUGAAGCGGGGGUCUCAGUCACUCACUAUGCUCCUUGGAAGUCCCCAAUACUUCACCACGUUCUUGAAGAACCCCCGUGCCGCCUCCUCCGCUGUGCAGUCUUUCAUGCACGGGAUGAACGUCCCAUACUUAGAAAAUCGAUCUAUCACCACCAUGAUAGAUCCAAACCCCUCGGACUUCGGUAGGGCACUAAUGAAGUCCAUAGAAAUAGAGUCCCAUGGUCGUUCGGGAAUGGGCAAUGGUUCCAGCAGUCCUGCGGGUUGCCGAUUCUCCACCUUGUCUUGUUGGCACACAAGACAGGUCUUCACAUAAAGCUCCACAGUGUCCCUCAUCUGUGGCCAGAAAUAUGCUGUCUCGACAAGUGCUAGGGUGCGUUUUUGGCCGGGAUGACCAGCCCACUUCGUGUCAUGGCACUCCUUGACGAGAUCUCUUCUUAAAUUCUCCCAUUUUGGGACAUAAAGACGACGCCCCUUUGUGUAGAGAAGGCCGUCCUCUUCCCAAAACCGUUGGGUUUUGCCCUCCUUGGCUAGCUUCAUCAACUCCUUCGCCAUGGGGUCGCGUUCAAGUCCCUCCUUGAUGCGCCCGAUCAGGUCCCCCUCCGCUUGACUAAUGGCUGCGAGCUCUGCCUUCCUACUAAGUGCGUCGGCUACAACAUUGGCUUUCCCGGGCUUAUACUCCAAAGUGUAGUCGAACUCCGCCAAGAAAUCCUGCCACCUAGCUUGCUUAGGUGAUAACUUCUUUUGAGUUUGGAAAUAGCUCGUUGCCACGUUGUCUGUCUUGAUGAUGAAUUUUGCGCCUAAGAGGUAGUGUCUCCAUACGCGCAAGCAAUGAACCACCGCGGUCAUCUCCUUCUCUUGCACGGUGUAACGCCGCUCCGUCUCGUUCAACUUGCGGCUCUCGAAUGCUAUUGGAUGCCUCUCUUGCAUCAACACUCCUCCAAUGGCAAAGUCGGAGGCAUCGGUUUGUACCUCAAAUGGUUUGUCAAAGUCCGGUAGAGCUAGAACGGGCUCUUGGCUCACCGCGGCCUUCAGGUCAUCAAAGGCCUCUUGACAUAGGUCGGACCAUUCCCAAGUUUUCCCCUUCUUGAGUAGGUCCGUCAAUGGGGCUGCCCUCUUCGAAUAUCCCUCGAUGAAACGCCGGUAGUAACUUAUUAACCCAAGGAAUGACCGUAAUUCGGUUACCUUGGUCGGUGCCUCCCAUUCCACGAUUGCCCUAAUCUUCCCCAUGUCCAUCAUGAGUUUCCCAUGCCCAAUGACAUGACCAAGAAAGUGUACUUCCUCCGUGGCGAACGUGCACUUCUCCUUCUUGACAUAAAGCUCAUUCUCCCGGAGUACUUGGAAGAUAAUGCGUAAGUGUUCCACAUGCUCCUCCAUGGAGUUGCUAUAAACCACAAUAUCGUCCAAGUAUACCACCACAAACCGGUCUAAAUAGGGUUGGAAGAUCUUGUUCAUGAGCGUGCAAAAUGUGGCUGGUGCGUUGGUUAGUCCAAAGGGCAUGACUAACCACUCGAACGAGCCAUAGCGUGUAACACAUGCGGUCUUAGGCUCAUCUCCUUCCGCUAUUCGUACUUGGUAGUAACCUUUUUGUAGAUCCAUCUUUGUAUAUAUCUUGGCCCCACCAAGUCUGUCGAAUAGGUCGGCAAUCAACGGAAUAGGAUAGCGGUUCUUGAUCGUUACCUUGUUAAGCGCCCGGUAGUCCACGCACAUCCUUAGCGUCCCAUCAUGCUUCUUUUGGAAUAGUACCGGUGCGCCAUAAGGUGCCUUCGACGGUCUCAUCUUCCCGGUCCCUAACAGCUCAUCGAGUUGGCGACGUAGCUCCUCGAGCUCACUUGGGGACAUGCGAUAGGGUGCCAUUGCGGGUGGUUUGGCACCCGGUUCCAACUCGAUCUUGUGAUCCACCUCCCUCCUAGGUGGUAGCUUGUCGGGUAACUUCGCCGGCAUCACGUCCUUGUUUUCCUCAAGGACAGCUUGAAUAAGAGGUGGUAUGUCUGUCGGCCCUUCCGUCUCAUCAUCCACCUUGAGUACGGCUAAGAAUGUCGGUUCUCCCUUCUUCACCCCCUUGGCUACUUGCAUAGCCGACAAUGUCUUAGCCCCACUUGGCCGCUCAUUGGGAGUUUCCAAUGUCGGUAUCAUGCACAGUGAACCCUUCUCAAGAAUGCAAACCGUGCUAAAGGAUGGCAUAGGGAUCGCAGUUACCUGUCUCAGGAAGUCCAUCCCUAGAACAACCUUGAAGUCAUCCAUUGGUGCCACCGAAAAAUCCACUUGGCCCUUCCAAGCGCCUAGGCGUAGAUUCACACCUCGUGCCACGCCGUUCAGGGGCUGAGCCUUGGCAUUAACUGUUUUAAGCCACCCCUCGCCUCUGGACCAUUGAAGACCAACCCUCUUGGCUUCCUCCUCAGUCACAAAGUUAUGCGUUGCGCCCGUGUCCACCAACGCCCUUGUUGGUUUCCCAUUGAUGUAUGCCUCAACGUACAUGAGCCCCUUGCUUGUCGUCGUAGGCAUCGGCUUCGCCUUGAGAGCAUUAAGGAUUUGGGGAGAUCCCAUCUUGCUCGUCUCCUCAUCUCGGGCUUCCGCUUCUUGUUGCUCUACUAUGGCAGACAAUGAACCAAGCUUAGGACAGUCCUUCAUGGUAUGCGGUCCUUUGCCUACGAAGCAACCACCCUUCGGUACAAAGGACUUCUUCUUUGCCUCGUACUCCUCACGCCCUAAACUCUUGUCUCCCCUCUUGAAGAAUGAUUUUCGUGGGUUCUCUUUUCCCACGUUGUCGUGUCUCUCUCCCCCACCUUUGACGGGGUUCUUGUCUUUUCUCUUGGAUGCCUCCCCAUAACUAUGGUGCUGGAAGUCCAUCAAGGAUUCAGCAGCGGCAAUGGCUUCAUCCACCGUUUGAACAUUCCGCCGUUGCACCUCUUGUUUAGCCCAACUUUGUAACCCAUCCACGAAAUAGAAAAGUAGGUCUUCUUGGGACAAGUUGGGGAUUUGGAGCAUAAGGGUUGUGAAGUCUUUCACAUAGUCACGAAUCGUACCUCUUUGCUUCAACUUCCUUAGCUUCUUGCGUGCCUCGAAGACGACGUUCUCCGGAUAGAAAUGCCUCUUUAACUCCUUCUUGAAGUCGUCCCAAGUGUCAAUCCGUGCAACGCCCCGCUCAAUGUCCGCAUGCCUUCUUCGCCACCAUAACAUGGCCGUAUCCACUAGGUAGGAUGUGGCCGUCUUGAUCCUCGCCGUCUCAUCCUCUAGGUUGAGGUUGUCAAAGUAUUGCUCCAUUUGCCAUAGGUAGUUCUCGACUUCCUUAGCAUCUCGAACUCCAUGGAACUUAGAAGGCUUCGGAUAAUCAAUCUUAGGGGUAUGGGCUAGGUUGAUCGUUGCCCCACCACUGGCAGCAGCCUUUUUACACAACGCCAACUCUUCACGCAUACCCUCAAGACUAACUUGUAAAGAUUGGAUAGCAUCCAUUACCUUUUCCUCCAGUUGAACAAAUCGGCCAUCGAGGUCCCCCACAUCAUCCUUCACAAGGCUAAGUUGCUCAAACAUAUGGUUCUCCAGCAAGUUUGCGCCGUUCUCGACCCUCUCGAGCUUAGCGCCUAGCCCUUCAACAGCUUCCUCCAAAGCAAGAAUCUCCCCUCGAGCUUUGCUUUGAUCACGCUUCUUCUUGCCAUGGUUAGGAUUAGCAUCCCUCCCACGUUCCUCGGUGAAGUUGGACAUGCUAGUGUCAACGUUUCCAGCCAUGCUCCCAAAUGUGCACAACACGAACCCGAACCUGAACCUGUCUCUGAUACCAACUGUCACGGACUUGUUCCCUCAACAAGCUCACGUGCGGCCUUAGCUCCUUUCUGCCCCUCGUAGUAGCUAAGUCAGCCUGGACAACUCCUUAGUGUUGUGUGUUUUUAAGUGCUUGGCUAGAAGGGAAUGUGUUAAAGGCAAGAACACUUGAAGAAAGCUUGAGACUUUAUUGAAUGCUUGGAAACUUCGAUGUGUACAAAUGAGCCACCUUGAGGGGUAUUUAUACUUGCCCUCCUCCUCAAUGGAUGGUUGAGAUCUAUUUGAUCUAACGGCUAUGGUUUAAUUCUAGAAUAUUCUAUACAACUCUAUCAUAUUCUAGAAUAUUCUACUAUACUCUUUACAAGUGUAUAUGUAUCUACACGAGUCUAGAAUAUUCUCUUAGCCUCCAGGAUUCUGCCCCUUCCUCUUGGGAUGUUCUAGACUCUUCCUUGUCACCUGGCCACGGUUAUGCCGUGGCGUAUUCCAUGUCAUGCCGCGGCGUAUUGGCCUGUCAUGCCGCGGCAUCGGGAGAUUCGUGACAAUAUGCUCUAAUUCCUCUCAAGCUGAUUAUAUUGAUCCAAGUCUCAUAAUACUCCGUAUAAUACUAAAAUCAAUGAAGUUCAAAUUGUUUUUGAACACAAAAAAACGAUUUUUAUAUUAAAUUUAGAAAACAUACAAGAUAAUCUCCAGACAGAUUUUACAGAUCCAAUCAUGAACCAUAGAAGUAGACUGAUGGUCCCGGAUAGAAGUAAAAGUCUAGAGGGGUGAAUAGAUUUUUAAAGCUUUUUCAACUUUACAAACUUUGUUGGGUGUGUUUCGAAAAACAAAAAAAAUUAAUUAAGAAAGAUUAAUUAAAUAAAAUGACUUAAAGAAAAACAAGAAAUGAGAAGAAGCAGAAUAAGUCAAAGCUCGUGCUACGCACGAUUUCCUUAAAACAUAUUCGUUGCCUCCCGGGGUGCUAGGAGCGUUGCAACGAUCGUUUCCCAGGAUACGAUGACUUCGAACAAUAGUUUAGCACUCAAACUAAAGUUCCAACGAACGUGAACAAGAGCAGAACACUGAAGGAGUUUGUAUGGAGUGCUAGAGGUGAUGUUUUAGCUAUGAAAAUACGUGAACGAAGUGUAUGAAAGGUUGUGUCUUUGCAAAGCACCUACUAGACUUUUAUAGGGGUGGAUUAAGGUGUGUUAAUGGCUGUUUAAGGGUUAUGAUCGUUGGACAUCAAUGUCCUAAACGUUGGGCAUUGAUUCUAGUCCUUAAACAACCCAAAGCGUUCAUAUGAACGUUGGGACAUCAAUGGCAGCAUAUAGACGUUGGGCAUUUAUGGGCAUUUAUGUGCAUUGAGCAAGUCGCGGUUUUUGUUCUUCGGUUUCGGGAUUUGAUUCGCACCCCCCCUGCGCGCGUGAGAGAGCCUUUCCUUUUAGGAAUCUUAACUCCUUAGGGGGGGUUUCCUUUUAUAAAGGGUUCAAAUUCCCUUGUGAUUUUCGGUGUGGGAAAGAACCCACACUAAAACCCACAUUUUCCUAGUUUUCUCCAUUCCAAUGGGUAAACUUCGAAAAACAAUUUCUCAUUCACCCGUUAUCCGUUUUGAGUGUAUCAUAUAUCGAAUUGUAGCCCUUAGCAAGGACAAUCCGAAACCACUUUGACCCGACCCAAAUCGAAAGUGGACCUCACUCAAAUAAUUGUCCCAAAAUGACCAUUUAAUACACUUUUAACACACUUUUUCCAACAAUCCCCCACAUGAAUGAAAAUUGAUUUUCGAGACUUAAAAAGGCACGAAGAUAGGAGGACACGUUGUGUUCACCGGAUGAUCCCUGAACACGGAGAGGUAGGUUUUAUCCUUUGAACCUUCCGCUGUAAAGACACGUUUAUUUACUGGCUGUCUAGUAGACUCGAUGUCCUUCAACUAUAUUGUCGUCGUGUAAACAUUGACUUAUCUUUACACAAGAACCUUCUAACUUUGUUCCGUUCUCAUGGGUGUGCCCGUUUUGGCCAUGGGUCACCGUCCUGGUUCUGCAAGAGUUUCUAAAGAACUGAGCCAUUACAGUUCUCCUUUGAAGCGGUCCUCUUCUCUCUCACAUAGGUGAUUCUUUCAUGAGUAUCCCGCAUACUCUUCCAACGAGGAGUGGGUAGGAGUCCGGGACCCCCACAGUGACCAUCCUUCGCUCUAUAAUUUUGUUGUCCCUUUUGAACCUAGGACUAACUAGGUUGGGUAUCCACUAUAGAACUUUUCAAUUUACGGGCUUUAGUCCCAUUCCUCGUGAUAACUUCUCCAACAAUUCUCUAUCCAAUGUCUUGGUUAGCGGAUCCGCUACGUUAUCCUUUGACUUCACGUAGUCAACAGUGAUAACACCCGUUGUGAGGAGUUGUUUAAUGAUGUUAUGUCUACGACGAACGUGUCUAGACUUACCAUUGUAGAGAUUGCUCUGUGCCCUUCCAAUUGCCACUUGACAAUCACAAUGUAUGCAUAUUGGAGGGACAGGCUUCUCCCAACUUGGAAUACCCUCGAGAAAAUGGCGUAGCCAUUCAGCCUCUUCAGUGCACUUAUCCAAGACUGUUAGCUCAGAUUCCAUCGUGGAUCUAGCUAUUAACGUUUGUUUCGAGGAUUUCCACGACACGGCUGCACCUCCCAAAGUGAAAACAUAUCCACUUGUGGAUUUUGAGUCCUUAAUGUCAGAUAUCCAACUAGCGUCGCUAUAUACCCUUCAAGUACAGCUGGAUAUCUUCCAUAGUACAGUCCAAGGUUUUUCGGUUUUGCGUAAAUACCUCAAAACCCUCACUAUUGCCUUCCAGUGUUCAUCACCGGGGUUACUAGUAUAUCUACUAAGCUUACUAACCACAAAGGCAAUAUCAGGCCUGGUACAACUCAUUAGAUACAUCAAACUUCCAAUAAUCCUAGCGUAUUCUACUUGAGAAAUACACUCUCCACGAUUUUUGGUAAGAUGAGUGUUUUUAUCUAAUGGCGUCCUUGCCUCUUGAUAAUCAUCCUUAUUAAAUUUAGUAAGGAUUUUAUCAACGUAAUGGGAUUGGCUUAGCGUUAGACCGUCAGGUCCUCUAAUUAUUUUAAUCCCAAGGAUUAAAUCGACCAGCCACAUAUCCUUCAUGUCAAACUUAGAAUUUAACAUGCUUUUGGUAGAAUUAAUCAUUUGAUUAUUGCUACCCACGAUGAGUAUAUUAUCCACGUAUAAACAUAAAAUGACAUAGCCGUCUACCGUGCUUUUCACAUAGACGCAUUUGUCACUUUCGUUUAUCUUAAACCCAUUAAUUAACAUUGCAUGAUCGAACUUUUCGUGCCACUGUUUAGGGGCUUGUUUCAAUCCUUACAAUGAUUUAAUUAAUUUACAAACCUUCUUUUCUUGGCUUGGAACACGAAAACCCUCGGGUUGUUCCAUAUAGAUUUCUUCGUCUAUAUCGGCAUUUAGAAAAGCGGUUUUUACGUCCAUUUGAUGAACUUCCAAAUUCCGCAAAGCGGCAAUCGCUAGUAUCAUCCUAAUGGAAUUUAUUCUCGUCACUGGAGAAUACGUGUCAAAGUAAUCAUGGCCCUCGCGUUGCUUGUAUCCCUUGAUUACAAGUCUGGCCUUAUACUUAUCAAUGGAACCGUCCGGUUUCAUUUUACGUUUAAAAUCCACUUGGAUCCCAAAGGUUUACAUCCCGGAGGGAGAUCAACCAAUUCCCACGUGUGAUUUUUUAGGAUAGAGUCCACCUCACUUUUGAUGGCUUCUUUCCACAUCGGUCCUUCGGUAGACGUUACGGCUUCCGUAUAAGUCCGUGGCUCAUUUUCUACCAAACAUGUUAGAAAAUCCGGUUCAUUUUCUACCAUACAAGUUAGAAUAUUCGAAUCGAAUUCUACCAGGCAUGUGAGAAAAUCCGGUCCGAAGGAUUUUUCUACUCUAGCACGUUUGCUACGUCGGGGUUCGGGUUCUUCACCGGAUCCCUCGCUAGUAUUUUCCAUAGCUACGUCAAAUGUUCGUUUUGACGUGCUAGGUCCUUCGUUGGACUUACAUGGAAAUACAUCUUCAAAGAAUGAGGCAUUCCUUGAUUCAAUUAUAGUGUUUUCAUGUACAUCCGGAUUAUUCGAAUCGUACACUAAAAACCGAAAAGCACUACUAUUUUGUGCAUAUCCAAUAAAAAUAUAAUCCACCGUUUUUGGACCUAUUUUUAUUUUCUUAGGUGUUGGUACAAGCACUUUUGCCAAACACCCCCACACUUUUAAAUAUUGAUAGGAAGGCCGUCUGCCUUUCCACAACUCGUACGGAGUUUUAUCAUAUUUUUUCCGGGGAACCUUAUUUAAAAGGUAAUUGCUUGACAAGACUGCUUCGCCGCACAUAUUUUGUGGCAAGCCCGAACUUACUAGCAUCGCGUUCAUCAUAUCUUUCAAUGUGCGAUUCUUUCGUUCGGCAACACCAUUUGAUUGAGGUGAAUAGGGUGCGGUACGUUCAUGUAUUAUACCCACGCUCGCGCAAAAGUCACCAAUUGGUGCUUCAUACUCACCACCUCGAUCACUUCUAACCAUUUUAAUCCGUCGAUUAAGUUGGUUUUCCACUUCAUUCUUAUAAAGAAUGAAUUUAUCGAUUGCUUCGUGUUUAUUUUUUAAUAAAUAAACAUAGCUAUAGCGAGUGCUAUCAUUGAUAAAAGUAAUAAAAUAUUUAUUACCGCCACGUGUUUGUAUUGAUUUAAAAUCACAAACGUCACUAUGAAUUAAUUCAAGUGGCUCCGUUUUUCUUUCAACCGAUUUGAAAGACGUUUUCGCUAGUUUUGCCUCUACACAAACUCCACAUUUGUGAUUCACAUCAAUUGUGAAUUUAGGAAUGUGUUCCAUGUUAAUUAAUCUACGUAUAGAAUUAAAAUUAACAUGUCCUAGUCUACCAUGCCACACAUUGGAAGACUCAAGCAAGUAAGCAGAAGAGAUUUUAUUAUUAUUAUUAAUAAUAGUCAUUACAUUGAGCUUAAACAUCCCAUCAACUGCAUACCCCAUCCCCACAUACAUUCCCGAUUUGGACAAAACUAGUUUGUCCGACUCAAAGACCAUGCGGAACCCAUGCUUGUUCAACAAAGAGCCCGAGAUCAAGUUUUUGCGUAUCUCCGGGACGUACAACACAUUGUUGAGAGUCAGCUCCUUGCCCGAAGUCAUCUUCAGGACCACCUUGCCCAUGCCUUCAACCUCGGAAUGAGCAGAAUUCCCCAUCCACACCUUCUCACCGUUUGAUGGCUCAAAGGUUGUGAAUAGCUCCCGGUUAGAGCAAAUGUGCCGGGUUGCACCGGUGUCCAAAACCACUCCUUGGAAUUGGAUCCAACGAGGUUGACUUCGGUAACCACAACCGCUAGAAUGAUGUCUUCAUCCUUUUGCCCACCUUGCACCAGGUUGACUUGGGAGUCUUUCUUCUUCCGUGGUGCCUUGCAAUCCGAGGACUUGUGUCCAUUCUUGUUGCAAUUGAAGCAUUUUCCAUUAAAUUUGGGUUUGGAAACGCCUCCCUUGGGACCGAGCUUGCUCUUCCCAUUAUUUUUAUUUUUAGAGCCUUUUGCAUGCUCCACCACAUUGGCUUUGGCGCCGCUAACGAUUGGGAGUCUCCCAUCGUUCUUCCGAUUAUCCUCUUCAAUCCGCAGACGGAGGAUCAACUCUUCCAAGUUCAUUUCCUUUCGCUUAUGCUUAAGGUAGUUCUUGAAAUCCUUCCAAGCCGGCGGCAAUAAAUGGAUAAUUGACGCCACUUGGAAAGACUCGCUAACCGUCAUUCCUUCAUCUCGAAUUUCGUUGAAGAUCAUUUGCAUUUCUUCAACUUGACUCAAGACCGUCUUCGAAUCCACCAUUUUAAAAUCAAGGAAUCGACCGACAACAAAUUUCUUUGCACCGGCAUCCUCGCUCUUAUAUUUGUGGUCCAAAGCAUUCCAUAGCUCCUUAGCCGUAGCUAAUUUACUAUACACGUCGUACAGAGCAUCAUGCAGCCCGUUCAACACGUAGUUUCGGCAAAGGAAGUCAGAAUGCUUCCAAGCCUCACACGAGAGUGGUGAGAUAGAAGAGCAUCUUUUGCUGCCACCUCUUGAAGUUUAACCCAUUAAAUUUUUCGGGUUUCUCCACAGAGUUGCUCGACACGGUCACCAUAGGGAUAGCCCUUUGGUUAACCAAAGCAGAUGCACCGCGUUGUGAACUAUUGUUCACCGGAGCUCCGCUUUCAGAGUGAUUAUCGUUCAAACCGUUCAAAGCAUUCUGCCCAACAACAUUUUCAUUUUCUUGAGAAGUCAUUUUUCGUUUCUUACGUUAUUCGAAAGCACAAAAAAAACAAGUUCGUUCACCAAGGUGACAAAGUACAAGUGUUAAGAUUGUUUACCGUAGUAGAACAAUCACCGAAUACGUUUUAAGAUUGUUGGGUGUGUUUCGAAAAACAAAGAAAAUUAAUUAAUAAAGAUUAAUUAAAUAAAAUGACUUAAAGAAAAACAAGAAAUGAGAAGAAGCAGAAUAAGCCAAAGCUCGUGCUACGCACGAUUUCCUUAAAACGUAUUCGUUGCCUCCCGGGAUGCUAGGAGCGUUGCAACGAUCGUUUCCUAGGAUGUUCUUUGCAAAGUGUAUGAAAGGUUGUGUCUUUGCAAAGCACCUACUAGCCUUUUAUAGGGGUGGAUUAAGGUGUGUUAAUGGCUGUUUAAGGGUUAUGAUCGUUGGACAUCAAUGUCCUAAACGUUGGGCAUUGAUUCCAGUCCUUAAACAACCCAAAACGUUCAUAUGAAUGUUGGGACAUCAAUGGCAGCAUAUAGACGUUGGGCAUUUAACGUUAUCUUUAGAAGAUAGAUUUUCGGACGGCAUUCGUGUGUGCAGGUCGCCCACACACGCAAGUCGCGGUUUUUGUUCUUCGGUUUCGGGAUUUGAUUCGCACCACCCCCCUGCGCACGUGAGAGAGCCUUUCCUUUAGGAAUCUUAACUCCUUAGGGGGGUUUCCCUUUAUAAAGGGUUCAAAUUCCCUUGUGAUUUUCGGUGUGGGAAAGAACCCACACUAAAACCCACAUUUUCCUAGUUUUCUCCAUUCCAACGGGUAAACUUCGAAAAACAAUUUCUCAUUCACCCGUUAUCCGUUUUGAGUGUACCAUAUAUCGAAUUGUAGCCCUUAGCAAGGACAAUCCGAAACCACUUUGACCCGACCCAAAUCGGAAGUGGACCCAACUCAAAUAAUUGUCCCAAAAUGACCAUUUAAUACAUUUUUAACACACUUUUUCGAAUAAACUUUUCCCCACUAGAUGAGUUGAUCUAUGAGCUUUUGGGAGAUUAUAAAUGCACAUCGGAAGUCUUAACCUCUAUAUGAGUAUGAACUUUCUAUUUUUGGGCAAAGAUUGGGUUUAAACAGUGAGCUGGUUGCUUAGCAGUUGGGUGAAAAACAGGGAACUGCUGAAGCAACUGUUGAAAAAAUAUAUAGCUUAUGAUGAAAUUAAUUAUGAAGUCUUACUCAGGAUAAUGAAGGCAAUCUGGAGAUGUAUAGAGGUUAGUGGAAAGUGGGAGUUUAUGAUAGAAGUGGUCUGGGCAGUUGGGUGGUUCCCAGGGAACUGUUGAGGCAACUGCUUGAUAAAAGAUGAGAAUAUGAGAGGGCUGAUUGCAGAAUCUUAUCUAGAAUGAUAUGAGCUUUCUGGAAAUGUGAUCAGCUGAGUUUAAGUGGAAGUUUAUGGCAUCAAUGGCCUGAGCAGUUGGGUGAUUGUCAGGGAACUGCUGAGGUACCUGCUGAGUUAUGAUUCCCAGAAAUCUGUUUGAACACACUUCUUUGUAGUGUUUUUGUAAGAAUAUUGCAAUGUAAAGAUGUCUCAAAAAAGUAUGUAAUUAAGAAGUAGGCUGAGCAGUGGCGUCAGAUGAGGCUACUGCUGAGGAUACUGCACACAGAAUACUUUCCUUAAUGAGAACUGUUGGGUGUGUGCUUUGUUGACGGAAAGUAAAUCAACACACAGUAUAUCUUGGUUUAGAGGUGGUGUAAUCCUCCUACGUCCAGUCUCACCCUCUCUGAGAUGGAUUUCCACUAAAGUAUUAAACUCAAUACACUUUGUGCCCAAUCUUACCUUUACAACGGAUAUGGCCUAGAUUGAAAGGUGAUUCACAAGGAGUACACACCACUCCAAGUUACUCAGUCAUUUAGAAUUUUCUCAAUUGAUCCAGUGGGAAUCAAAAGGGAUGUAGGCCUGUAGUCCUCAGCCGAGUGGAAGCCUUCAUCUCCUUGUAGGGUUUACCGUCUGUACUCUCUAACCUAGUGGAAGCCUUUCAUCUCCUUCGUCUCGAGCCGUUGAGGUAUAAAAUACUUAUUCCGUUAUUCGUAUUAUGGUAAGUUUAGUCCUUGAUGAUGCAUGGAUGUUUUGAGCUGUGAUUAGUCUUGUGAUGUUCGUAUAUUUGUGAAAGUUGCAUGUACAGAUCUGUUCGAAUGUUCGGUUAUCCAGUUGUCCCUGUUAAUUGUUGAUGUAUAUUAUGAUGCAUUCAGAAUUUCAAAUUUGUUUAUUUGAAAUAUGAAUGAAGUGUGGAAGCUAAUCAAGCUAUAUAUUCUAUAUUCAUGUGUUGCCUACUGAGUACUGACUACGAUUAUCCAGUUGUCCCUGUUAUGUUGUUUGUUUUACAUAAGUAACAUAACUGCCUUAUUAUUUUGAUGAAGAAGCCUUUUUCAACUCUAGUACUCAAACGAGUACAAAGAGUGAACUGGGUUCUUCAGAGUCUGUAGAGAAGUGAAAAAGCAAAGUGCUUUUAUCCUUCUGUAAAUCAGCUUGCUGAUUGUUCCAGACUUACAUAUUAUGGUUAUUAUUUGUGAGAUAUGAACUCUGUGGAAGCUUUUACUGACUGCAUAUGUACAGCUCUUAUUCAUGUGUUGCGUACUUGCCUUAUCUGUGAGGUAUGAACUCUGUGGAAGCUUAGUAUACACAUAUCAAUAUAUCAUGUGUUGCUUACUUGCUUACAUUAGAUGGACCCUGAAGAAUGUGUGACCUUUUCUACAUCUGGAUCUCAACCUCCUCUGAGUCAAGAAACAGUGGUGGAAAGUCAAAUUCCUGAGCCUAACAUUACCAAUGAGCAGACUGCACCACCUGCUGUUUCUGGACAAAAGAGAAAAGUGGUUCACAAAAUAUCUAAGAUUUGGGAUCACUUUGAUGAAAUUAAGGAUGAAAAGGGUGUGGUUAUUAAGGGGAGGUGCAUAUACUGUGCAAAAAUAUACGGUUGUCACUCUAAGAAACAUGGAACUUCCUCCAUCAUGUAUUAUUUGCUUAUUAUGAAUCUUCUUGUUUAUAUUUCAUAAUUCUAACAAUUCUCUUUGUUUGUUAUAGAAAUAAUGGAUGGAAAUGUUGGUGGUGGAACUGUUGCUCCUACUGGAUCCUCUAUUGUGCCAUUAAGUGCAUAUUUUCUAUAUUUUUAUAGGGUUUAGGGUUGGCAUUGCUCUUUGAGUUCAUAACAAGCAUUUCAACUUCUGAGCUAUAUGACAUGUUUGGUUUUUGCCAUUAUUUGGUUGUUUGGCUAUGAUGAAGCUUCCACUCAUUACUGCAUUUAGGGUUUAGGGUUGGUGUUGCUCUUUCAGUUCAUAAAAUGGUAAGUUGUAACUGAAAUUGUAGCAGAUGCCCCCUAUUUCCCCUUAUGAAUGAUAAAAAGCAUUCUGAGCUCUGAACAUUAGUACAUCAGUAACUGAUUAUGUGCAUUCUGAGCUCUAUGUAUAUCUGCAUUCUGACUUCUGAGCUCUCUGAUUAUGUAUAAUGUAUUAUGAGUAUGUAUAAUGUGUAUAGGUUUGAAUGUUUGAAUGUGUAUGCACAUGAGUACAUGACUCUCUGAUUUGGCAUUAUGUGGUUGUUUUUCCAUGUGCAUUCUGACUUCUGAGCUCUCUGAUUAUGUAUAAUGUAUUAUGAGUAUGUAUAAUGUGUAUAGGUUUGAAUGUUUGAAUGUGUAUGCACAUGAGUACAUGACUCUCUGAUUUGGCAUUAUGUGGUUAUUAUUCCAUGUGCAUUCCGACUUCUGAGCUCUCUGAUUAUGUAUAAUGUAUUAUGAGUAUGUAUAAUGUGUAUAGGUUUGAAUGUUUGAAUGUGUAUGCACAUGAGUACAUGACUCUCUGAUUUGGCAUAAUGUGGUUGUUUUUCCAUGUGCAUUCUGACUUCUGAGCUCUCUGAUUAUGUAUAAUGUAUUAUGAGUAUGAUUAUGUCAUUCUGGAAAGCAUUCUGGCAACUGUGAACUGUCCCUGGACUCUUGUCCCUUGCUCUGACUUGUUCAGGUUUUGUGUGGAAACUUGAAGCUGUGGAAAAUAGUUGUGGUCUUGUGAGUUUUGGAACACUUGAACUUCAAAUCUUGGAUAGUUGGAUACUUGGAUGUAUUAAUUUUGCGUACUUGGAACUUUGGAAUGUUGGAUGUUAAUGAAUUAUGUAGCAUUUUGUAAUUUGUAAACUGCAAGUCUGUAAUAUGUGCUUAUUACUUUAGUCUUAAGUUCUUUACUUUGUUCUAUAAGUUUAAAAGACUGGUAUCAAAUUGUCAUAUAUUUUACUUGAACAUUUUGUCUAUGAACAUUUUGUAUGAGUUACUUGAACCCGACAUAACCC